AUGGAGAUGGCGUUCUUUUUAUAUGUCCGUGACUAUCACACUACCAACCAAUGCUUGAUUGCUUUAGUUGUCGAAACCAUUUCCAUUGAAAAACUCUCUCAAAUCACUUCUCACUCCCUCACCAAUAUGUUCUUCUUCUUCCUCUUCCUUCUCCUAUUUUCCUUCCCCAAUUUGACACUCUCUUCCCAUUGCACCACCCAAACCCCAACCAAAACCUUCCAAAAAUGCAUGACCCUCCCAACCCAACAAGCCUCCAUUGCAUGGACCUUUCACUCCCACAACUCCACUCUUGAUCUCACGUUUUUUGGCUCCUUCAUCUCCCCCUCCGGCUGGGUCGGCUGGGGGAUCAACCCGAUCUCCGCCGAGAUGACCGGCACCCGCGCCCUAAUCGCCUUCCCCGACCCCAACUCCAGCCAAAUAGUCCUCCUCCCCUACAUCCUCGACCCCACCGUCAAGCUCCAGAAGACCCCGCUCCUCUCCCGCCCUCUCGACCUCCGCCUCGUCUCCUCCGCUGUCGCCCUCUACAGUGGCAAACUCGCCACCGUACACGACGGCGCCGCCGUCCAAAUCCACGCCACUCUCAAACUCCCCACCAACACCACCACCAAAAUCUACAUUGUCUGGAACCGAGGACUCUACGUCCAAGGUUACUCCCCCACCAUCCACUCCACUGCCGCCACCGAUCUCUCCUCCUUCACCACAGUCGACCUCCUCUCCGGCUCGUCCUCCGCCGCCGCUCACCAAAACAACCUCGCAUUCCUCCGAACACUCCACGGCGCCAUCAACGCCGUCUCGUGGGGAAUCCUCCUCCCCGGCGGCGCCAUCACGGCGAGAUACUUACGUCACAUACAGUCCCUGGGCCCGACUUGGUUCUACGUCCACAUGGGGAUUCAGCUCUCCGGCUUCGUCCUCGGAACAAUCGGCUUCUCCAUCGGCGUCCGCCUCGGGAAACUCUCCCCCGGAGUCGUGUACGGCCUCCACCGGAAGCUCGGGUUCGCGGUGUUCUGCCUGGCAGCGCUGCAGACGCUGGCUUUGCUGUUCAGGCCGAAAACGACGAACAAGUUCAGGAGGUAUUGGAAGUCGUACCACCACUUUGUGGGGUACUCGUGUGUCGUUUUGGGGGUAGUGAAUGUGUUUCAGGGUUUUGAGGUUAUGGGGGAGGGAAGGUCGUACGCGAAGUUGGUGUAUUGCAUGUGUUUGGCGUCGUUGGUGGGGGGUUGUGUGUCGUUGGAGGUGAAUUCUUGGAUUGUGUUUUGUAGGAAAGCUAAAGAGGACAAGUUGAGGAGGGAGGGUUUGAUUGUUGGAUCCGAUAAAGGGAGUAGCGGAAUCCAUAAUAGUGGAAUAAUCCACAACUGAGA